ACCACCAUCACUUCCCAACUCCAGUCUCCAUCACAACCCCAGCUGAGUGCACCAUGAAGGUCACAAUGUGUAUGCUCAUCUUGUCUCUGAUUGCUAUCACUGGUGCAUGGGGAGAGCCAGUGAAGGCAAGAGAAUUUAUUUUUCAGAGAAUGCCAAUCUGUGAACACAUGGGGGAAAUCCCAGUGUGCCCCAAAUUGUAUCAACCUGUCUGUGGAACCGAUGAGAAGACCUAUGAUAAUGAAUGCCAAUUAUGUAUUACAAGAAUGAAAACUAAACAGGAUAUCCAGAUUAUAAAGGAUGGAGUAUGCUAAAGAAGAAACACUCAAUAGAAGACUAGAUGUGGACUUUUUCUAAUUGUUUCAGAAAUAUGGUCCCUUCUCUCCCUAUCCACACUAUAUACAUUCUGUAUAGAGUGCAAUAAAAUUAAUAUGCAUAAUUAAUGAAUAUUGUCAUUGAAACCAUCAAAGGAAUUUUAUGAAGGCCAGAGGCUAUCACCAAUAGGUCACUACUUGCAUUUCAGUAUAGAGAAUACACAAAGUAUUUCUUCAGCAAGGGAAAACUUUUGAAGGUAAGAGAAUAAAUUGGUUCUGGAAAAGGAAGAGGAAGUAGGGAAGAAAAGGGAGAUAGA